AUGGUACGGAGGGGUUUCGCAGCGGACGCUGCCUUUACGAAGAAGAACAUGAUCACCUUCAAAGUUGGUCAUGGAGGCAAGGCCGUGUUCCUGGUUCCUGAGGACCGCAUUCGUGCCUCGUCCGAGUUCGUUGACGCAGCGAUGAGAGGACCGUGGCAAGAAUCGCAAGAGCGGGUCAUUACCCUACCCGAUUUCGACAUACACACCUUCGGUAUCUACUUCCAGUGGCUUGUUACAGGCGUCGUUCACAGCAAAUCCUACCUCGCCGAUGGAAAUGAUCCUGCCCUACCCUUAUUCACGGAGAUGCUCCUGUUGCCUAAGUUAUCCGAUCUAGGCCACUACUUACUCGACACUGACUUCAGAGACACUCUCAACGAUGUUCUCAUACAAUGCACUGUCGAAAUACACCGUAGUCGCGGCGGCCGUUUCCCACCAAAUUUUGGUUCGGACUUUUACCAUAAGACACCGGACCAGUCGCCAACUAGAAAACUUGUCACAGCCCUCGCAGCCUGGGAAAUACAGGAGUUUCAUUUCCCUGCUAUGGAAAAGGAACGAGAUACCGUGAACACUGAUUACAUGAUGGAUCUACUUAUCGCCGUGACUAGACGGCUUGUUCCGAGCACGCGCGGCAAGUCACCACUUGACGGGUGGGAGACGAGCUGCAAGUACCACUGUCAUGGCGACGAGAAGCCUUGCUACAGGAAGAAAGCCGACACGUCUCGCGUUAUCACAACGAAGCGCCCAGCUCCCGACGACGCCCAGUCAUCAGACGCAAAGCGACGUGCUUGA